UACAGUGCAACUUCUGUAGCUGAGCAGACAAUCAUGAGCGGUUAUCCGACAGAACUCGUCCAAAAGGCAUCAAAGGCCUUCGAAGACCGUUUUAAAACUAAACCGGAUCUUGCUGCUUUUGCCCCGGGACGCGUCAACCUUAUUGGUGAACAUACCGACUACAACGAUGGCUUCGUUUUUCCAAUGGCUUUGCCACUUGUGACAGUGCUUGUUGGCCGCAAGACGGACACCGGAAUUUGUCGCAUCGAGACUCUUUCCUUUGAGAAAGAUUCCUACUCUGAAUUCCCUGUGCCUACUGCAGAGAAGCCACUUCAAAAGGGACAACCUUUCUGGGCCAAUUAUGUCAAAGGGGUUGUGGCAAAUUUCAAAGUAUCGGGUACCUUGUCAUCAUUUGAUGCUGUCAUAGCAAGCUCUGUACCCCUUGGUUCAGGCUUGUCAAGUUCUGCUGCACUUGAGGUGGCCACCUUUACAUUCCUUGAGCAAGUACACCCAGAGGUUAAAAUCAGCCUGAAGGACAAGGCACUGGCCUGUCAAAAGGCUGAACAUGACUUCGCAGAUAUGCCAUGCGGUAUUAUGGACCAGUUUAUAUCGGUCAUGGGGCAAGCAAAUCACGCUCUUUUGAUUGAUUGUAGGUCGAUGGAAUCCAAACUUGUUCGAGCUAGUGAUCCAGAUGUGGCGAUUCUAAUCACCAACUCAAAUGUAAAACAUGAGCUGACAGGCAGUGAAUACCCCACAAGGAAGAAACAGUGUAUGGAGGCGGCUAAGAUCUUAGGAAAACCAAGUUUGAGGACAGCAUCAAUGGAAGAUCUUGAUGGAUCUAAGGAUAAGAUGGAUGAUGUAGUCUACCGCCGAGCCCGCCAUGUGAUUGGUGAAAUCCAAAGAACGGAGGAUUCAGUGCCGGCCCUAGAGAACAAGGACUAUGUUUCAUUUGGAAAGCUAAUGACACAAAGUCAUGACUCCCUCAGGGAUGAUUACGAAGUGUCCUGUAAGGAGCUAGACGUACUUGUGGAGGCUGCCAUGGAGGUUGAUGAUGUGUAUGGGUCCAGAAUGACCGGCGGAGGCUUUGGAGGAUGCACCGUCACCUUGGUCAAGAGAAAGAAGGUACAGCAAUGCAUGGACCAUAUUAAGGAGAAGUACACUCGUGUAACUAAGACUGACCCAUGGUUCUUGGUUGUGGAUGCAGCAUUUUCUGGAGCAACUGGCAUUUCCCUUUGAAGAUCAACAGGCAGACUAGACGUAUGUGCAUUCCAAGUCUUUACAGAUUUAUUCUGCACAGAUAUGCGCUCAAUGACUGUAACCAAGUCUUCCAAAUGUAAACUAGGAAAUUUUGUGGCCUUUGAUCAAAGCACAGGCAUAAACUGUGAAAAUCAGCUUGUCUUAUCAAGUUAAGAUGUUGCCAUAAGACAAUGUUAGAAAGUCCAAUCAUUUGCAAAAUUGUAUUGAGGAGACUGUCCUACAAUGUUCUGUUUGCAGAUGAGACCUUUCUGGAAUCGUUACAAAAAUAUUACUACAUGUACUUAAAGGGUUCCCUGUCUCAAUUUUGUACAGUUUCUACUAAAAAUUGCUCAAAUGGACAACUCUGUUUCUAACCUAGCAAGUUGAAACCAACCAAGUGAGGACUGAGUGUGUCUGUCUUGUGGUCAGUCAGUGGCUGAGAACACAGUGUCUGUCUAACAAACAUUGCUAGCUGUUCAAACCUCACUGCAUAACACGAAAUUGUACUUCAUAACUUAUGAAUGGAUGAUUUGCUAGGGUAGCUGUAUCAUUAUCGUUCUUUGUAUGUGUACAAUGUAGGCCUACUUAAAAGUCAGAAACCUUGUCAAACUUCUUUCUAUCAAAUGUCUUUUGGAUAAUUGCGGGAUGCUUCCUAAUUUGAGCGUGUUGUAUUAUCUCUCCACAUGAUUAUUUGUUAUAUUUGUACUUAGAAACCCGGUUAGUGCAACAGUAAUACAACAUUAAUCAAAUAGGAAGUGUCUGAGGGUAGUUUAGUUUUCAAAAUGGCUUAAAAACUUACUGGCAGCUCAAUGAUAGUUCUCUUUUGAGUGCUUUCAGGACAAAAACCGUCCUUUCUCUGGAUGUACAUUUUUAAUAUGAAACAUAUACAUCUAUUCAAUGGAUCUGGAAGAAUUGUAUAUGUGCACUGGUGGUGUAGGAAAUACA